AUGUCUCAGGCCCAGGCCCUGCCGUCCAUCGCGUCGCUGACGCAGAGCAUCCCCAAUUCCGACGUCGCCCAGAUGCAGGCCCGCCAACACCACAUCGAUGCCCGCGACUCCGGAGCUUGGUCCAUGUCUCAGGCCCAGAGCAAGCACUCGUCGGGCGUGUCCAACACGACCAACCUCCAAUUGCAAAACAUUCUCAAUGCCGAGGACUCGCCAUCGCGGAGCUCUAUCCCGGAGACGCCGCAGUCGUUACGUCAGCCCUCCCAGACCCCCCAGGCUCUGCCGCCUUUCAGUCACAACUUCGACAACCGCCAGAGCCUGGAUGCCUCGUCGUCCUACCUGGAGUCCAGGCGCAGCAGCGUCGACAGCCGGAUGAACGCCGGCAUGACCCACCUCGCCAUCAGCCCCUCUUCGCCCUACGAGUCUCAAAACACCUCGCGCGUGUCGCUGGUCUCCAGCCUCCAGCAGCAGCGGGGCAUCACCGCCACCGAGAACCACCGGCACAGCGGCCCGCCGCUCUCCCCUCUUGGUCAUCGGGACUCGAUCCGCUCCACCGACUCCGUCCGCUCCAACCAAGCACCCCGCCGGGCACCCGUCAUCAACCCCAACCCCCGCAGUGUGUCCGGCAUGCCCGAUCCCAUGGCCGCGGCCCCCACCAAGGGUUUCCCAUGGGCCUUCCCCGAUGCCGAACCGGACGAGCGCCGUGGCUCCAGCAGCGGCGAUUCCAGCAUCGAGAGAUCGACGAGAUCCAUCCCUUCGAGGCAAAACAGCUUCGCCACGUCCAUCAACAGCAGCAUCUUCGCCGAAGCGCUCCCGCCCGGCCAGAAGAGGUUCGAAGAUGAAAUCCCUCACACGCAUCACCAUUCCAUGCAACACCGCAACAUCACCAACCUUCAGUCCGAGCACGCGGCAACGCCUGGUACCGGCAACUACAGUCGGACUCCCGAGUUGCGCGUCAGCCACAAGAUGGCCGAGCGCAAGCGACGGAGCGAGAUGAAGCAGCUGUUUGACGAACUGAAUGGCAUUCUGCCCAACUCCCCUGGCAACAAGUCCAGCAAGUGGGAAAUCCUCACCAAGUCGAUUGAGUACAUCAGAAACAUGCAGAGGAACCACGACAGACUACAUAACGAAAACACCCGUAUGCGGCAGGAGUCCUCUGCUGCUUACAACCCGCGGGGUGGCGAAGUCGAACGCGAAAAUGCCGAACUCAAGCAGGAGCUCCACGCUGCAUGGCAGCAGCUACGCCAGAUGGACCCCAGUCAUCCACACGUGUUUGGAUCCAUGACCAGCUUCCUGGCACACAAUCAACCCCAGGCCGGGCCCGGCCAACAAAACGUUCUCCCACCUCUGCAGCAGCAGCAAUGGCAGAACGGGGCACAGCCCGCAGCGCAACCCACUGCCAUGCAGGGUGUAGAGUUUGCCGGCGGGAGACCAUACAGCCACAGAUAA